GUCAUGCACUCUGCAUAGCAGAGGACUCAUUCGAGGAAUCACACUGGAGACAAAUCACAAGUCAUGAAGUGGAAUAAACUCUGGUGGAAAUUAAGGAAGAAAGUUAGAAGUCUAAGGCAAAGCAACUCUAAAAGAAAGCACUGAUAGUAAGUCUGGAGGAAAAACAGAAACAUGACACGAUGUUGCCUACAGUAACAUCACGCCUUGUCGACAUAAGUCAUGGCCAUCAUGACUUAUUUCUUUCUGACCAACAUCCUGUGGUAACAUAAUAUAUAGAAAAUCAUGGAAACGGUUUGAAUUCUGUGCAAGUGAGGAAAGGGACAAGAAACAACUGUUUGCCACAGAGGAAGAGUACAUUUGUGUUGUUGUGGGUAUUGGUGCAAGACUGUGGUGGUAGUGGUACUAUAAACUGUUGAAAGAAAGUUUCCACCAGCUCUUUUUGCAAAAGUACGUAACAUUAUUCAAAUGUGUAUUUUAUUCCUUUAGGACAGGAGAAUGCAGAUUUCUGGCAGCCACAGAGACAGACUUUAAAAAACAGAAAAAAUCAGGUAUAGAAACUGAAGGAAAAGAAAAGGAAGUGUAAUCUGUUGAAUGAUAAGUCUAUAUUCAGCAGGGAGUGCCCCUCUCACACCAAUGCACACUACUUACUCUCUCUUCGUGUCUGAGUUCCCUGUCUUAUCUUCAUUUCCUCUUUACAGUAGCUUGAGUCUAAAGCAAUAUUAGUGACACUUGACAGCAGGCGAGUCAACUCGAGAGGCAAGAAACGAGCAGCUCGUUCAUUUAAAGGACGGCUUUUUUAUGUCGAGUAGAAGCCCAAAGGUGGUUAGAUCAGAUCAUUUGCAUGGUUAUGUUGUUGAAGAUAAGCUUUGACAUAAAUCGGGAGCUUCAGUGAAAAUGACCCAGUGUUUCUGGAUGGUGGACUGAUGUACUGAAGAACGUUUAAGGUAACUUUCUUUAAAGGAAGGGUUACUAAACCCCCAUCUUUCAUUUAUGUUGUUUUCCUGCAAUAGAUGUAAGUGUAAAAACGACUUUCCAGAAACUGGCUCUGUCUAACAAGCAUUUAGAAGUUUUGAACUCCUCUGUUCUGCCCGCCUUCUUUUGUUUCUCUCAGCUCUUUUUCUUGCAGUUUUACACUUUAGAACCUUUGAUCUGUGCCACUUCAACAAGAAUGGGACCGGGAGGCAUGUCAGAGACUGGUGACGGCGCCCAGCCCCAGGUUUUUGUGGUUGACAGCCAGGCCAGCUACCUCCAUGUACCUGUUCAGAGGAGGACCAAAUGGGCCUGGGAUGGUCAGAAGUUCCUGCUUCUACUGGUGGGACUGACGGUGAUUGGACUCUUUGUGGAAGGAUUUCUCAUCAACAAUCUUUAUCAGAGGACUCGGGGAUUUUCCUCCUGUAAUCAUCUCUGCAAAAACAUGUCCGGUCCUUCACUUUCCAGCCAGCAGGGAACUCUACAGGGCCGAGUAGGGUCAAAAGACCCCAGUAAUGUGUUGGGAGAGAACGACAUAAUGCAGUGGAUAAAAAAUGCUGAGGCCAGCAUCCAGCACGAAUGGUUCCAAAAGAGACCCUUUGCUCACCUUUUGGGCCCCAGUCACGUGUCAGGAGAGGAUGACGUUGUGCAGUGGGUAACAGAUGGUGAGACCGGCAUCAAGAACAUGCAGUACAAAGAAGGUCGAUUGAAGAUUCAGGAAGAUGGUCAUUACUACCUCUAUUCAAAAGUGCAAUUGAUUGGAGUCGAGGAGUGCAAACUAAUUCAACACAAAGUGAUGAAAAACACCAGUGCCUACGGCAUGUCUAUAGAUCUUAUGCAAUCCAAAAGUAAUCGCUGCUGGAUCCCCAAACAGCAGAGUGCAAAGACGACACAAAAGGAAGAGCUGUGGAGCAGUUUCUUGGCUGGGAUUUUCCAUCUACACAAUGGGGACGAAAUCUUUGUUACGGUGGAGAAAACAGAGAACUUGCGACCAGGACCUACAGAAAACUUCAUGGGGGCCUUUAUGGUUUCUCCAUAGGAUUAUAAAAAUGUAUCUGAGCCAUUUUAUUCAUAUAUAUACUUGUGCCCAAAUGGUAUUAUCUAGUAAAUAUAGUUGAUGGAAAUAUUUAUGACAAACAUAACCACUGUGACAACGAGGUAUCUGAUAUUCAGCUUUAUAUAUUUAAUGCUAAAUUUCACAACAUGUUUUGUUGUUAUAAUAAAGUUUUUUAAAUACAA